GUAUUAGUCCUUUUGACCGGUUGCACUAUGUGAUUUGCAUUAAACCAGUUAACUGACAAUCCUCUUCAUUGCGAAACCCUUGAAACAGGCAAAACAGGCAAAACAGCCAUUCUCUUCCAUUCAAGAGAUUGAACCCAGUGCUUAAUCCAAGUUUCAUCAAGAUGCCUACAAAAACGGGGGAGAACUCCGAUAAUGCAGUGGAGCUAUUCCUUAAAAUAGGAUUAGAUGAGAAAGUGGCUCAUAAUACAAUUGCCAACAACAAGGUUACCAGUAAUCUGUUGGCCGUGAUUCAUGAGGCGGGUGUUACAGAUGGUUGCGACCGGACUACUGGAAAUCUUCUGUACACGGUUGCUACGAAAUUUCCUGCCAAUGCCCUUGUGCAUCGGCCAACCCUCUGUGAGUAUGUUGUUUCUUCAAAGGUUAAGACACCUGCGCAAUUAGAAGCUGCUUUCUCAUUUUUCAUGAGUGUGGGUCCUGCAAAAUUCAGCUUAAGUGACUUUGAGAAAAAUUGUGGAGUUGGUAUUGAGGUUUCUAAUGAAGAGAUCGAGCAUACUGUUGGUGAAAUCUUUGAAGAGCUUAAGACAACAAUUUUGGAGCAACGAUAUAAAACAAAUGUUGGUGACUUGUUUAGACGUGUUAGAGAGAGACAACCAUGGGCUGAUCCAAAGAUUGUCAAGCAAGUGGUAGAUACAAAGCUUCGUGAGUUACUUGGUGAAAGGACUGCAGCAGAUGAUGAAAAGCCAGUAAAAAAGAAGAAGGAAAAGCCUGCAAAAGCUGAGGAAAAAGCUGUCGUUGCUGCUGCAGCUCCGCCAUCUGAAGAAGAACUUAACCCAUUUUCUAUCUUUCCAUCUCCGGAAGAAAAUCUUAAGGUGCACACCGAAGUGUUUUUUAGCGAUGGUUCUGUUUUGAGAGCUUGCAAUACCAGGGAAGUUCUUGCCAAACACUUAAAAGUAACCGGGGGAAAAGUUCUUACCCGUUUCCCACCUGAGCCGAACGGGUACCUUCACAUUGGUCAUGCCAAGGCAAUGUUUGUUGAUUUUGGAUUGGCAAAGGAUAGAGGUGGACACUGCUAUUUGAGGUAUGACGAUACAAAUCCUGAGGCUGAAAAGAAAGAGUAUAUUGAUCAUAUUGAAGAGAUAGUCAAGUGGAUGGGAUGGGAGCCGUUCAAGAAAACUUAUACCAGUGACUAUUUUCAAGAUCUCUAUGAACUAGCUGUUGAACUUAUAAGAAGAGGUCAUGCUUACGUUGACCAUCAGACUGCUGAUGAAGUAAAGGAGUACAGAGAAAAAAAGUUAAAUAGUCCUUGGAGAGAUAGACCAGUAGAAGAAUCAUUAAAACUUUUUGAGGAAAUGAGAAGGGGAAUGAUUGAGGAAGGAAAAGCAACGCUAAGAAUGAAGCAAGAUAUGCAAAAUGACAAUUGUAAUAUGUAUGAUCUUAUUGCAUAUCGUAUCAAGUUUACUCCUCAUCCUAAAGCAGGAGAUAAGUGGUGUAUUUACCCUAGCUACGAUUUUGCACACUGCGUUGUAGAUUCUCUUGAAAAUGUAACUCAUUCGCUCUGCACACUGGAAUUUGAGACACGCCGGGCUUCAUAUUAUUGGUUAUUGCAUGCACUUGGCCUGUAUAUGCCUUAUGUAUGGGAGUACUCGCGGUUGAAUGUGACGAAUACUGUGAUGUCAAAGAGAAAACUUAAUUGUCUUGUUACUGAGAAGUAUGUUGAUGGGUGGGAUGAUCCUCGAUUGAUGACACUUUCUGGUUUGCGCCGAAGGGGGGUUUCGCCAACAGCAAUAAAUGCCUUUGUUAGGGGUAUAGGAAUUACUAGAAGUGAUAGUAGUUUGAUUCGUUUAGAUCGCUUUGAAUAUCAUGUCAGAGAAGAGCUAAAUAAAACUGCAGCUCGUGCGAUGGUGGUCCUGUGUCCUUUGAAGGUCGUUAUCACCAAUCUAGAAGCUGGUAAAGUUAUUGACCUUGAUGCUAAGAGGUGGCCAGAUGCUCCAUCAGACGAUGCUUCAGCCUUGUACAAGGUGCCGUUUUCAAAUGUUGUGUAUAUUGAAAAGUCUGAUUUUCGGAUGAAAGACUCGAAAGAUUAUUAUGGCCUUGCUCCAGGAAAAUCUGUCUUGCUGAGAUAUGCGUUUCCCAUUAAGUGCACGGAUGUAAUAGUUGGUGAUGACAAUGAGACGGUUGUUGAAAUUCGUGCGGAGUAUGACCCUGAGAAGAAAAUGAAACCUAAGGGUGUCCUCCAUUGGGUUGCUGAGCCUUCUCCGGAUGUUGGUCCACUUAAAGUAGAAGUCAGGCUGUUUGACAGACUUUUCUCUUCUGAGAAUCCUGCUGAGCUUGAUGAUUGGCUUGGUGAUUUAAACUCCAACUCAAAAGUUGUAAUACCCGAGGCGUAUGCAGUUCCUCCACUCCGGAAUGCUGUACUCAGUGAUAGAUUUCAGUUUGAACGUUUAGGUUACUUUGCUGUAGACAAGGACUCUACUCCGGAGAAACUGGUAUUUAAUCGCACAGUCACAUUAAGAGACAGCUAUGCCAAGGGUGGGAAGUAGGCAACGGGUGACUGGCCUGGUCAAGAGAGUGUUCCUUUACUGUUGGUAUUGGAGGAAACGGAGACCUGUAGAUAAUGCUGUGAGUUAAGCAAGAUGUUGUCUAACAGUAUUAUAUUUCACUAUUUGUAUUACAAGGAGAUAUUCGAUCUGCAAACAUGCAUCAGAAUUUUUGUUAAAUUAUGUUAAGACUUUCAUUAUCAAAAUUUUGGCACUUGUGAGAAGAAUACAUGGAAAUCAACCUAUAUGACAAUUUUCUUGCAAGAUCUAAAA